UCUCUCGGCCCUGACCAUGGCAGUGUCUUUUUUUUUUCCGGAUCUCCUCGUCAUCACAAGCAAAGGGCAUAUUCUAUGGCUGAGCUCUCUCUUUUCAAUGGUGGGGGCUGUUUUUUUUUUUUCUACUGAUCUCCUCUUCAUCAUCACAGACGAAGGGCAUCUUUUGUGGGUGAGUUCUCUCUUUUCAUGUGUCUGCAGAUAUACUCGGAGAUGGUCAGGCUCAUCAAAAGUGUUGAAGUUCCCUGCACUUAGGAGUGUUAAAGGUGGUGCAUGCUAUCUGCUCGGGAAGCUGCUAGGCGAUAGCUACAGGAAAGCCGGUCAUCCAAGCUGCAAGGGAGGGAUGAUUUGAUAAGGCCCUUCCACUAGUUCUCCGUACCAGCUUCUUCUACAUAUACCGCAGUUGUAGCACCUAAAGUCUCCGAGAUCCAAAGUAAUCAAACACGGCCUGAGGUUUCUCUUUUGGAUCUAAUUUGAACUAAACUCCUUCUAUUUUGAACAAAGUUUUGACAAUGAAAAUGUGAC